CGAGAAAGCAGACCUGUGCAAAUGAUGUGUCAGAACAGCACCUUCAGCGUGGCAGUGGUGGCUGCAGAGGAAAUGAAGAACCUGGAGCGCGGGGAGCUGAGCAUGUUGGUGCUGCUGCCUGAUGAUGUCUCUGGCCUGGAGCAGCUUGAGAACAAAAUCAGCUUCGAAAAACUUGCGGAGUGGACCAGUCCCAAUGUGAUGGAAAAGAAGAGAGUGAAAGUGUACCUCCCACGCAUGAAGAUUGAGGAAAAAUAUAACCUCACAUCUGUCUUAGUGGCCUUGGGUAUGACCGACCUGUUCAGCCCUUCGGCCAAUCUCUCUGGCAUCUCUUCAGCAAAGAGCCUGAAGAUGUCUGCGGCCAUCCAUCAGGCGUACAUGGAAGUCAAUGAAGAGGGCACUGAGAUGGCUGGCUUAGCAGGGAUGAUGGGAGACACUAAACAUUCUUCUGAAUUCGAAGAAUUUAGGGCUGACCACCCUUUUCUUUUCUUGAUCAAACACAACCCAACCAACAGCAUCCUCUUCUUUGGUAGAUAUUAUUCCCCCUAA